UAAUUGCACUCAUCGCACUACCCUUGCAAGCAUUACAAAACUACGAAAAAAGACGUGAUUGCAAUAAAUUCAAAGAUGUUGUCGUUUUUGGCAAUGACUUUUCGGAUACUGGGAACGCAUAUAAAUUAACCAAAAAUAAAUACCCACCAUCCCCACCCUAUUUUCAUGGAAGGUUCAGUAAUGGACCUGUCUGGCCGGAUUAUUUCGUAUCAAUAAUCAAAGCUAAACUACAUGAUUAUGCUUUUGGCGGUGCUUCAUGCGAUUCCACGUUAGUUCCAUCUUUUGCGGGCCCGAAUAAAAUUCCUGUUCCUGGACUCGUUCAACAAGUAGAUGAUUUUAUCUCAAAAGAUAUUAAAAAAUUUAAUCUCAAGGAAACAUUGUUUGUGUUUGGUACAAUACUUUUAGACUAUGACCAAUCUUUAGGAGAAGCAGAUCCAGCAAAGAUCGUAGCAAGUGUUGGCAAAAGGUUAGAAUGUCUCUACAAAGCAGGUGCUACCAAUUUCAUGGUUUUCACUUCCAUGCCAACGGGUAUGUUUACCCCAGGUGAACAAGCAAACUUUUCACCGGAACUUUUACAAAAAAUUACAGAAAAGACUACACUUCAUAAUCAAUACGCAAAUGAUGCUUUAGAUGCAUUUAAAAAAGAUCAUCCUGAUGUUAAUUUAUUUUUAAUUAAAGUUGAUGAAGUCGUCAAUGUAGUUUUUAGUCCUGAAACAUUAGGAAAGUUAGGAAUUACUGUUUUUGAUAUAGGUUGUGUACCUGAUAGUGGUUUUGCAGGCAAACAUAGCGUGGUUUGUGAUGAUCCUAAAAAGUAUUUAUAUUUCGAUAAUUACACGGCCAUUAACACUAAAGUUCUUGAGGAAUUUACAAAACAAAUCGUUACCUAUUUAACAGUAUAA